UAACUAUUUAACAAUUUUAGUCGUUUUAAAUGAGAAACAAUUCUCGUGCAUAAAUGGCAUUUGCUGGAAUCGGCGCUAGUUCCAGGCCAUCGGGACACUUUAAGAUCAAGGUAGACAAUUUACAUGUUGACGAAGAUUCGGCGUGUGGCUGCUUGAAGUUGUCCCCAUCGCGACGGAGUGUGGCGAGGGCCUCUCGCAUGAAGAUGCUGAGGGAGCGGAUACGGCAGUUCAGCAUCUGGUACUCGGAGACGGAGGAGGAGCGCGAGAAUUACCGCUUCAAGCUCCGAAAACAGCGACAGGAGCUCAAACUGCAGCUGGUCACCACCCGGGCGCUACGGUUUCUACGCUGGUUAUACGGGGUCGCCUGGAUUCUCGCCAUAGUCGGUGGGCUCUUUGUGUUAUGCAGCUCAAUUAAAGUCAUUGGUGGUAUAACGCCAUUUUAUAAAAAACAGAAACUGUACAGAGGGCUUGGAGUAUGCUUCUUAGCUUUAGGGAUGAUAAUACUGCUUGUUGCCACUGGUGUAAAGCAUAAGCUGCGUACUAGAGAAAAUAAGCCGCGGGGGACUUUUUACAUUGUGGAGAAAAAUAAAAGAACAAAACCUGUACUGGAACAAAUGAGCUCUUUCGAAUCUGAAGAUUCUGGAAACGUUGAAGAUAUGGAAAUAAAAACCACCUCCCCGGAGAGGCAAUCUCGCAAGCGAUACAUGUAUCAAUUAGACGGUGAACACGAGUCCAGUCUUGCGUCUGCACCUCCAUUUGAUGAUCCAGUGUCAAGGAACACGUUUGACGCAGCAACUGAUACAACAGACAACCGGGACGAGAGAGCAAGACAAAGUCGCAGAGCCUGGGCAAAGUCUAGAUGGAUGAGGGAAGAAUGGCGCAGUUCCAGGGAGACGGAGGACUGUGUAAACGUGAUUAUGCCAGAACAAUGACAGGGAGCGUUUAAGUCAUCACCGGGUGUCCACGCCUGGCUACAUUCCGUUCAAAAGUUAAAUGGAGUAUAACGGAAUGGGUGUGGCAGCACCCGGGUACCCGGCUAGACGCUUCGUUGGCAUGUUUACAAUUUGACGUUGAGCGUACGGAGGUCAUCUAACACAAUUUCUUACAUUUAACUGCAUUAAGCUUGCAGAAUAAUUAUAGAGCAUUAACAGAUUUUUAAUCUUUUGGCUCAAAUCAACAUUGAUUAAGCUCUAUUGCAGAUCCUGGCGGGGUAUAAGCACAUGCUCAGUCUUGCUAACAUGUAGUUAGUUUAAUAAACAUACGUACUUUAUGAAUAAGAUAUACAUGUACCUAUUUUUUUCCAAGUUAAUUACAUUUGAAUAAAAAAGUCAAAGAAAA